AUGGUUGACGACGAGGAGCUAAAGAGGCUCAGGUUCAUUCUGAGCAAAAAGAUGGGGAGAAUAAAAUACUUUUUUUCGUACACAUUCUACAAAAUAUUCAGCCAUUUUUAUAACAAGAAAAAUAAAAAGCGAGAAAGGUUUGUAAAUAUACACGGAAGGACGAGUCCAAAAUUUUUCUGUGACAAUAAAAUUAAGAGCACAAAGUACACAGUGAUCACAUUUAUUCCUCUGUUUUUAUUUUACCAGUUCUCGGAUUUUUUAAAUUUAUUUUAUUUGUGUGUUUCUUUGCUACAAAUAAUUCCGAUAUUCAACACGGGGUAUGUGUUCACCUUUGUGGCUCCAUUAAUUUUCAUCAUCUUUGUAAGUUUAAUUAACGAAGUAGUUGACGAUUUGAAGCGGUUUAUAAAGGACCUUGAAAAUAACAACGAAAUUUAUUACGCCCUUUUGGAGAAUGGAAAUUUCGAAAAAAUAUACUCCAAAGAUAUAAAAGUAGGAGAUAUCAUUUUGAUAAAAUCCAAGCAGAGAGCCCCAGCGGAUUGUAUUUUGUUACGUAAUUUAAGUAAAAAUGAAGAAUAUACUUUUAAAGUGGAGGAGAAGAAAUUUUUCGGCAGCAUAAAAUUGAAUAAAAAUUCCAACGUUUAUAACAAAAUUAACAAAAACUACUACCAUUUUAAUAAAAACAUUGAUAACGAACUGAUUGAUGAUCGAUAUAACGAGUCGAACAACAACUUAAGCGAAACGAGCAAUCACCAAUUAUUUAGUGAAAAUGAAAAAUCCCUAAACGCAGGGAAGGAGAAGAAAUAUCUUUUAAAAGACAAGUCAGAGAAAAGUGGUGCAUCAAACGAAACGGCCAAUUAUACAUAUGUCAAAACGGACAAAAUUGAUGGAGAAACGGACUGGAAAAUUAAGUACCCAAUUAGCAUCUUCCAAAAUUUAAAAAAGUUGAAAGAUUUCUUCACCAUAGACAUUUUGUUCAUUCUGGAGCAGCCCAAAAAUGACAUUUAUAAAAUUGAGGGUUCUUUUGUCAUAUUCAAGUACAACCCUCAUGGCGACUUCCAGAAGGAGGAGAACAACAACGCCAUGGGGAUGAGUGACCACCAGUUGAUGAACUAUUCCUUUGGCAUGAUCAGGGAUGGGGAGGUCGACUUGGAGCGCGGCGGAGUGGCCAAGGCGGGCGAAUCGCCAUACGGAGAGGAGGCCGACAAUGAAGACGAUGAGGAUGACGAUGAAGACGACGAUGAUGAGGAUGAUGAUGAUGAUGACGAUGAUGAUGAAGAUGAUGAAGAAGAGGAAGAGUUAGAGGAGGGUGAACGCCGAAAGGAACUCGAACUGGAAAACGUUGCCGGCGAUAAUGAAAAAGAAGUCCAUCAUAAGGGCUAUGUAAAUUUGGCGGAAAAGGAAACAGACUACGUGUACAGCAAUAACAAGAAGGAUAAAAAGAUGAACAACGAAAUGGUGCAUUUUAACAACGUGGAAAAGGGAACAGUUGUAGGAGUAGGUGGCGCAGGAUCAGGUGCUGCUAUGGCGGGUCAAAACAGAGGAGUUAUGGAAAAGUACAACUGCCCAAAAAAUAGUGGAAAAAAGAGUGGAAAUUAUGUUGGCGAAACGAGCAUGUGUAGUGUAUUUAAUAAUGAGGAUAAUUUCAAUUUUUACAAUGUCAGUUAUAGAAAAAAAUUAAAUUACGACAACUUCAUCUUGUUCAACUCUGUGAUUACCAGCUCGGAUGUGCUCUGUUUGGUGAUCUACACAGGAAGUGACACGAGGGUGAAUAUGAGUACACAGAUCAGCAAAAUAAAAAGAGGAAUGAUAGACAAUAAGUUAAAUAUGAUAACGUUAUUUUUGUUUCUAAUUCUGGCGUUGUUCUCCAUGUACAUGUGUACCGUGAAGUUGAACAACCUGUGGUAUCUGAAUUUUAUUCGUUUCGUUUUGCUGUUCUCGUCUGUUAUCCCCAUAUCCUUAAGCGUGAAUUUAAAUAUCGCUAAAAUUUACUACACUUUGGUGAUUCAGAAGGAUAAGGAAAUCGAAACGACGAUCAUAAAGAACAGCUCAAUUAUAGAAAACUUUGGUGACGUGGAUUACAUUUUCACUGACAAAACGGGAACACUCACGGAAAAUGUAAUGGUCCUCAAGGUUAUACAUAUCGGAUUGGACGUCAUCCAUGCGGAGAGUGAAAAGAAUAAUAUGCUACAGGGAAGUAUGGAAAAUAAAGGGAAAGGGAAUUUCAACAAGCAUAUGCUAUCGUACGAUUUGGAUGACUUAAACGAAGAUGUAGAUGCGUCUUCGUUGUACUUAGGGUCCAACUACUCCAAGAACGAACGAAGGAGUAAGCACAGUGGAAACAAAAAUGGAAACUACAUGUCCUUUAACUACGACGUGGAAAAUGGAAGAAGCAAAAAUGAACUGACAACGUUGAGGCAGUUGAGCAAAACAGUGAACCCAAUGGAUCGCAUCAAUAUGCUACAUGAUGAAGAAAAUAUUGAUGAAGAAAACUUGGACUAUGAUAAUUAUGAUUAUGGAAAUUUUAAUGAACAUUCGACGGGGUCUAAGUCUGGUUUUUCUCAAAAUAAUUACCGAGGUGCAAACUUGAAGCCGUUCAAGCAGAACAGCUUGGCUAUGAGUACGAGCGUAUCAGGGGGAGGUAUGGGCCAGAGGAGGAACGAUAUUCAUAAAAAGAACUCCGUCCACAUGGAGAAAAAAAAAAAGGUGGAACAAAUGGUGGACGAAUUUUUGAAAUACAAAUCAGACCCCCUAGAUUAUUACAAUGACAAUGUGGAGGAUGUGGAGUUUUUGAAGAAGCACCGUGUGUUCCAAACCUUUUUGUCCUUCCUCAUAUGCAACAAUAUUAGGACUCUGGCCAAGGAGAACAGCAACAGCGGAGGUGCCAACGGCAAUACAAAUGGUAGUACAAGUGCCAGUGCCAACGGUGGAGGUGCCAAAGAAAAGGACAAGGCGAAGAAGAAGAAGGACCAAAAAGAAGCAGACACGCAGAAAAACUUCUACUACAUAUUAAAAGUGAACCGAAAAAAUAAAAAGAAGAAAGAGAAACAUGCGGACAGCAGCAGCGCAGCUUUUUCUUAUGACAAAAAGAAUUUGGAGUCCAACAGUUCGGAAGAUUCUGAGACGUUUUCCCACUCGGAUGUCAGUUAUCAGUGUUCCUCUCCAGACGAGUUGGCUUUCCUAAAAUAUGCUACCAAUUGUGGGUUCAUUUUGAGGAAGAAAACAGCCAGCCGGAUAGAAAUAAAAUAUAAAAACCUAGUCAUGGAAUACGACAUUUUGCUACACAUUCCCUUCUCCUCGGAAACGAAACGAAUGAGCAUUUUCGUGCGGAACGUAAAGAACAGGAACAUUUACUUCUUCAUCAAAGGGGCGGAUAAUAUUUUAAUAAAGAAAUGUCAUGAGAAGUAUAAAACGUUCAUUUAUGAGGAGAGUGAUCAUCUGUCGAACUUGGGUUUGCGUGUUCUGGUGCAUGGAUUUUUAAACAUAGAGGAGCAGUUCUUCCAUACCUUCUCCAAUUUGUACAACAAGAAUAAGGACGUCAAGGGGCAGCUGGAGAAUAUUUUGGACUACGUGGAGAAGAACAUCAAGGUGCUCGCCAUAACGGGUGUGGAGGACAAGUUGCAGGAGGGCGUGGGGAAGACCAUUGAGAUGCUAUACAACAGCGGCAUCAAGGUGUGGGUUCUGACUGGUGAUAAAAUCGAAACAGCCAUCUGCAUCUGCAAAAACGCCAACAUAAAGAAGAAGAAGCAUAACAUAUACAUUUUCAGACACGAAAAUAUUAAGAGCACUUCAAACCUCAUAAGAGAAUUUAACUCGAUCUUAAGUAACAUCGAUUCGUAUGUCCUCUUCUUUGACAAUAUUAUAAUACAGAACUGCAUCAAGUACAUUCCUAAUGCGUUUGUGGAUUUUGCGGCGAACGCGAGGGCAGUGGUCUGCUGCAGGUGCAGCCCCAUCGAGAAGAAAGAAAUCGCCCUGCUUAUUAAAACCAUUAGGAGGAAGAAGAUUCUGUGCAUCGGGGAUGGAGGAAAUGACGUGGCUAUGAUCCAGGCAGCGGACAUUGGCAUUGGUGUUUUAGGAAAAGAAGGAAAACAAGUUGUGCACGACAGUGAUAUAAUUGUCUCUAAAUUUAAGAACAUAAAGAAGCUUAUUUUGUACUAUGGGAACAACACCUUUUUGCAGACCUCCUCCCUCUGCUCCUUUCUCAUACAUAGGGGGUUCGUCCUUACGUAUUUGCAGUUUAUCUACAGCUACAUCUUUUUCAGCAUACCGGUGUCCAUCUUUCAGGGAUGGUUGCAAAUCGGUUACACGACGUAUUACACCACGGCGCCAUUCUUGUCCCUCCUGUUGGACGUGAAGAUAAAAAAAAACCUGAUAUACCUCUACCCGGAGAUAUACAAAAAUAAGAAGCACAAGCGAAGGUUGGAUUUGAAGUCCUUCUUCAUCAUCGUGUGGAUCUCCAUUUUUCAGGGAACCGUCGUCAUGCUGGGGGCGCUGAAGCUGUUCAAUGACAACUACAACAACCUCAUAAACAUAUCCUUUUCGUCCCUCAUCGUUUUGGAGAUCAUGAACAUUCACUUGGAGGUGGAGUCCUGGCACCCGCUGAUGAUAUCGGCCAACAUCUGCUCCUUCAUCGUAUACAUCUUUUCGAUGUUCAUCCUGAGGAACUAUUUCGACAUCAUGCAAAUUAUGUCUGUCAUGUUUUGGUACAAGGUUAUUUUGAUCGUGCUGUUUGCCUGGCUGCCCUUUUACAUAAUUAAAAAGGUGAAGAAUAUUUUAACGCCCUCUCAGUUUUUCAAGCUCGCCUGA